ACCUCCUCCACCUCCAUCUACACCUCCCUUCCUCCCUCCCUGACACCUACAUACCUGACCUUUCUUCUUCUCUUUUCAUACGACACCUUGUCGCUUCAUCACCCUCUCUAUCUUUUUCCUGGCACAUUGCACCACCCGCCAAGAUGGGCGAACAACUAAGAUGGGACGGCCAGACUGUCGUCAUCACCGGAGCUGGUGGAGGUCUGGGACGGGCAUAUGCCGUCUUCUUCGGUAGCAGAGGAGCAAACGUUGUGGUCAACGAUCUCGGUGGUAGCUUCAAGGGCGAAGGUGCCAGCCAGACAGCGGCACAAAAGGUGGUGGACGAGAUCAAGCAGGCUGGAGGAAACGCCGUGGCGAACUACGACUCUGUCGAGAAUGGCGAGAAGAUCAUCCAGACAGCAAUUGAUACCUACGGGCGCAUCGAUGUGUUGGUCAACAAUGCUGGCAUUCUCCGCGAUGUCAGCUUCAAGAACAUGAAGGAUGAGGACUGGGAUCUGAUUAUGAAGGUACACGUACUGGGUGCCUACAAGUGUGCACGAGCUGCAUGGCCCCAUUUCAGGAAGCAGAAGUACGGCAGAGUCAUCAACACAGCAUCUGCCGCUGGCCUGUUUGGCAGCUUUGGCCAGUGCAACUACAGCGCCGCCAAGCUCUCACAAGUCGGCUUCACCGAGACAUUGGCCAAGGAGGGUGCCAGGUAUGGCAUCAUUGCGAACUGCAUUGCACCCAUCGCUGCCUCCCGCAUGACUGCAACCGUGAUGCCUAAGGAGGUUCUGGACCUUCUCAAACCUGAUUGGAUCGUACCCGUCGUGGCAGCCUUGACACACAAGGAUACUCCAGCGGAAGAGAACGGCGGCAUCUUUGAAAUCGGAGGUGGCCACGUUGCAAAAUACAGAUGGGAGCGCUCCAAUGGUGCCCUUCUCCGUGCCGACGAGAGCUUCACUCCAGGUGCACUUCUUGCCAAGUGGAAGGACAUUGAGGACUGGACCAACCCGCAGUACCCAACUGGCGUCAAUGACUUCAUGACUCUUCUGGAGGAGGGUCUGAAGAUGAAGCCCAGCCCCAAAACACAAGAACUCGACUUCAAGGGCAAAGUCGCUGUGGUGACGGGUGGUGGUGCUGGUCUUGGUCGUGCGUACUGCUUGACAUUUGCCAAGUAUGGCGCAGCUGUCGUCGUCAACGAUCUGGCCGACCCCGAACCAGUGGUGCAAGAGAUCCAGAAGCUCGGUGGCAAGGCUGUCGGCGUGAAGUGCAGUGCUGAAGAUGGUGACAAGGUCGUGAAGGCUGCCAUUGACACGUUUGGCAGAAUCGAUAUCCUCAUCAAUAAUGCUGGCAUUCUCCGCGACAAGGCAUUCCACAACAUGGAGGACAAGAUGUUCCAGCAAGUCUUGGAUGUUCACCUUCGCGGCACAUACAAGACUUCCAAGGCCGCCUGGCCUUAUAUGCUGAAGCAGAAGUACGGUCGCAUCGUGAACACCACCUCGACUUCUGGUAUCUAUGGCAACUUUGGACAGGCCAAUUACGCAGCUGCAAAGUGCGGUAUUCUCGGCUUCUCGCGCGCUCUUGCUCGCGAGGGUAAGAAGUACAACAUCUUUGUCAACACCAUCGCACCUAAUGCUGGAACCAACAUGACCCGCACGAUUAUGCCCGAGGAGAUGGUUCAGGCUCAGAAGCCAGACUACGUGGUCCCCAUCGUUGCCAUCAUGUGCUCCGACAAGAUGCCCAGUGAGCCCACGGGACGUGUGUUCGAGAGUGGAUGUGGUUGGGCGGGCGAGACCAGGUGGCAACGCACUGGCGGCGCUCAGUUCCCCGUCGAUGUUCCACUAACCCCGGAGGCUGUCAAGGCAUCAUGGGACAAGAUUGCCAACUUUGAUGAUGGCCGUGCUGAUCACCCACACGACGUCUCCUUCGCAAACGAGAAGAUCAUGGGCAACUCCGAGAACAGGUCGAACAAAGGUGGGAACAAGUCUGAGUCAUCUGACGGCAACGAAUACCUCGCCGCAAUUGAAGAAGCUAAGAAGCUGCAGGCCGAAGGAACGGAGUUCGUCUAUGAUGAACGCGACGUGAUUCUCUACAACCUUGGUAUUGGAGCCAAACGCACUGAACUUCCAUUCGUCUUCGAAGGCCAUGAUAACUUCCAAGUCAUUCCCACAUUUGGAGUCAUUCCGCCCUUUAACGCUCAAGCCCCAUACGACAUGACCUCGCUCGUCCCCAACUUCGACUUCCGACAACUCCUCCACGGAGAACAGUACCUCGAGAUCCGCCAAUUCCCAAUCCCUACUGAGGCCACCCUCGUUGCAUCGCCACACCUGGUUGAAGUGCAAGACAAGGGCAAGUCGGCCGUGAUCGUAUCAGGCAGCAUUACAAAAGACAAGAACACUGGAAAAGAAAUUUUCUACAACGAGGCUACGGUUUUCAUCCGCAAAGCUGGUGGCUUUGGUGGGAAAAAGCAAGGUUCUGACCGAGGUCCGGCGACGAAAGUCCACACCCCUCCAAAGCGACAACCUGAUGCCGUGGUGGAAGAGAAAACUUCGGAAGACUUGGCUGCCAUCUACCGCCUCUCUGGGGACAGGAAUCCCCUCCACAUCGACCCCGACUUUGCCAAAGUGGGAGGAUUUGAUGUUCCCAUCCUGCAUGGUCUUUGCUCGUUCGGUAUUGCUGGCAAGGCCAUUCUGCAGACUUUUGGAGAGUUCCAAAACAUCAAAGUCCGUUUCGCCGGGGUUGUCUUGCCAGGUCAGACCUUGGUGACCGAGAUGUGGAAAGAGGGUCGAUGGAUCAUCUUCCAAGUCAAGGUCAAGGAGACUGGGAAGUUGGCCAUCUCUGGUGCUGGCGCGGAGCUGAGAGCGGAUAGUCAGAAGGCGAAGUUGUGAAGAGAUGACUGGAGACGACUCUCGAAGGGAAGUGUGUAGAAAAGUAAAGAUACCCAGAAUGUAGAGAUAUCAGAUCUGAUGCCACGACAGAAUGGCGAAUUAAGAACGGGAAAGCUUCACUGUAAACCAGAGGUAUCUAGGUGGUAGUAGUAGUAUGGCACCUGUGUUAUGAUUCAUGAAAUGACAAAGCUCGAGUUAGAGGUCAG